AUGAGGAGAGUAGGGCUGAAAAAAGUUUGUCGACCACAAGGAAACCUCUGCACAACAAACUCCUGUCCAGCAUAACCUGUCGUUAACGAAUAUUUUCUGGUACCCCAUGACUUAAAGGACCCCACCAACUACAUUUGAAUCGAGUUUUUACGGCUUGGAGGUGCGCCUCGCCAAAAGUUGCGAAAAUCCCGCGAAAAAAAUAAAUACAAAAAAUAAUCGAGAAUUUUUCUCGAAAAUGCAAAAUUGAAGAAAGUUUGAGCUAGUUCAUGUUCCAAAGUUGCUAAAAACGCUUCUUGUUCACGUGGAUCCUGCCGACACUCAUUCGGAUGCUCUUGGGGAAAGUCUCAUGUAAGUUUUUCUUGGUUUUUGCUUGGUUUUUCACGUUUAGGUAGGAGUGAAGUAUCUUGCACAAUAUUUCGGCUUUUCUUUUGAAAAACGGCCCGAACGAAAUGUUGAGGAGCAAGUUUUGGACUCAAGGCUUGUGUGUAUUCCAUUUUCUUGCCUUGUUAGGGCUGUGUUUGCCCAUUUAGAGAUAUUUUAUAUUAUUUUAGUCAAGUCUUUCAAUUUCAGAGUUGUUCAAUCGCCGAGAACGCGAUGCAUGAAGAAGAAUUCUCUUCAUUCAAAUUCCUUGGCAUCAAGAUUCGAGUCAGGGACGUUAUCUAUGGGAUAUUCAUGUAAGAUAAUGUGUUAUUUACUUUUUUGCUAAAAUUUUCGGUACGUAAUUUCUCAGCCCCUAUGCAUUUAGUUUCAGACUGGGACUUGUCUUCGCGAAUCAAUGGCUCUGCGAGGGAAACGAAAACGGGUUGUACACCAGCAUAUUGAACAAAAACUUCACGAUUAAUAUGUUUUAUUGA